CGGAACGUUACAUAACGAUUCCAAAACAAAUUAUCGCCUUCUCUCGUCAUGCCCUCCGCGUACCCUCAAAGCAGCCUUUCCGAAAUCAAGCCCCUGCGCCAUCGUUCUAAGAACGAAGCUCAUCCGGCUCAACAUGCUGCCAGUCAUGUUACCGCCCGGUCGCACCGGCCAAACAUGACUCCAAGGCGCGUUUCCUCCGGGCCAUCGAGGCGCCCCAGGCAUGCCGGCGAUUCAUUGGAAGCCGAAAUGGAGAAGCUCGCCAUGGAUUGUAAGAUGGAACUUCGACAUGGGAAUGGACCCAAGCGCGCGCCUGUGUAUGGCGCACCCUCUUCCUCCCCGAGCGAUCGUCUCACCAGACCGAUGCAUAGGCCGAGGAGGUCGUCUCUCAAGGUCACGCAGGGGGACAAUGGGAAAACCAAAAACUCAGCUUCUCCGCCUCGCGUUCACUGGUUCUCGGACGAUUGCGACCGACCAGUCGACGUCGAGUAUGGCCAUGACCAGGUUAGUGCGGAAUUUGGUCGCCAGUGGUCAAAAACGGAGCUGGAUCUGGAUCAGCGGGAGCCUGGCAUGGAACCCGACGACGACACCAGCUCGAUUUUGGAUCUAUAUGUGGACGCCGAUGCGAACUCCCGCCCGAAUUGCCCUCAUACCGAAAGUCGAAGUUCCUUUCAUUCCCGCGAUGAACCCAUGUCAUCAGCAGAAUCGUCGCAAAAUCCCUCGCCCCCUUUCGGCCCGGCUCCUACACCCACCGAUAUCCUCGACAUGCAGCAUGAACUAGCGCAAGCUCACGCCAGGCUCCACGAGCUGGAACCGUUCUCUUGGAUCCAUAUUCCCGCAUCUAAGUUCAAUGCAUUCAUGAGCGACAUGGACGUCACCGUUCCCCGCGCACUCAAGGCGCAGAAGAAUUUGAAAGAAGCGAUGGACAAGCUGAAGGAGUACGACGACUUUAUCGACAUCUACGAGAAGAACCACAAGGUGCUUCACCGAAGGUUGGCUAACUGCCAGCACAGGAUCAGGAAGCUGGAGGAGGACCCAGUGCCCGCGUACAUCAUACAGGACAAGCGGACAGGCCCAUCUUUCUCGACGAGGUUCUUCCAGUCGCUUGCCGACCAUUUGACUGGCAGUGAUAGGAAGGCCUCGUAA